UCGUCUGGUCCGUCUAACCCUUGGAUAUCCAUCUGUCAAUCGUUUCAAAUGAGAUUAUUUGCCGCAAUUAUGAGCUAAUCUGAGUGAUAGAAUAAAAAUUCAGAAGACAUUCGUUACCACUUUUUUUGAGAGUAACAAAUACAUUCCCCUCUUGUGCUUCCUAUAUUUUUUAUAAAUCAUAAUUGUGUCGAUAGCCGGCGCGGUAUAAUGCAAGUGCCGACCAGUGCCAUUGUUUUCCUCAACUUGUUUAUAAUCGCAUCGAUUUGCAUGAACGUCGUCCAAUGUGAGAAAGAAAAGCCGGCUGAUAAGGAGGAACGUAAAUCUCAAAUAUUCCCACCCUGUGCAGCAUGCAAAAUACUUACCGGUAGUUUUAAAAAGGGUCUAGAAAGAACGAGCCGUGGAAAGUUUGAGGGUGGAGAUAGCGCCUGGGAAGAGGACAAGCUAGGUUCAUAUUCGAGAAGCGAAAUUAGAUUAGUCGAGAUACAAGAGAACUUAUGUAAAGAAGUUAAACAUGGCGAGACGCAGUGCCAAUCUUUAGCGGAGGAAUUGGAAGGUCAGAUAGAGGAGUGGUGGUUCAAACAUCAAGACACUCAUCCAGAUAUACACAAUUAUAUCUGCAUCGAAAAAACGGAGCGUUGUUGUCCAGAGAAUCAUUAUGGUCCAAAUUGUAAGCCGUGUCCAGGAUAUCCAGAUAAAAUCUGUAGUAACAAUGGCAAGUGCAAAGGAGCUGGUACAAGAAAAGGAAAUGGUGGUUGCUUUUGCGACAAAGGAUAUAUCGGAGAUAUUUGUUCAGAAUGCGCUCCAGGAUACUAUGAAUCUUAUAAAGAUGAAAAGACUUUGUUAUGUUCGGCAUGCCACGCGGCGUGCGAUGGAUCUUGCAGAGGGGCUGGACCAAAGGAUUGUGAAAAGUGUGCCAAUGGAUGGCACAUGAUUGAAGGCAAAGGCUGCUUUGAUAUUGACGAAUGUAUAAAGAGUGAUGAGAUCUGUCCUGGCAAUCAAUUUUGCAUUAAUAAAGAAGGAAGUUAUACGUGUUUAGCCUGCGACAAAGCUUGCAAUGGUUGCACUGGUGAUGGCCCGGACAUGUGUAUCAAAUGUGCUGAGGGACACCAUAAAAAGGAUAAUAUGUGUAUAAAUUCAGAUCUUCUUGGCCGCAAAAAACAAGAAAAUCUGGCGCGAUAUCUGACGUAUUUUGGGCUCUGUGUGGCGAUAUGUAUUAUCUUGCAGCGUAAUAUUUAUGCAGCAAGUAUUAUUGGCUUGCUGGUCGCAAUAUAUAUAUCUGUAUCAGAGUACAUGAUUGCGCAUAGCAAUGUUCAAGAUACAACGGCAAAUAUGGAUAUACUAGGACCAGCUUAAAUAGGAACAUAAUUUAAAUAAUUCUAUGAAAUUUUAUUAUAUAAUAUUGUGUUAUACACAU